AUGGUUCUCAUUGUAUGUCUUUUCGUUUCAUUUGAGGAACUGGAUGGCAGCAAAGAUGGGACGGUUGCCCUGGUUGCUGUCACUGGAGAUGCUGCGGCUCCUUGGUCCGCCCAGCAGGUGGACAUCGUGUUGGAGGACCAGAUCGUCUCAACUCACCGUUGCUGGGUGGAUGCACUGGUUAUCCUCUUCGGCCUAAUAUAUGCACUACACCUGGAGUACCCACAGAAAGUAAAGGGCUUCUUUGACUUUCUCCAAAUGAUCCCCCUCAACUUGGAUGAGGGGCGGAGGCAACUUUCCCCAAAAUUGCAGACACUGAAAAAUGAACUGGACAAUGAGUAA